UCGUACUACGAUCACAACCCACCUUGAUACUUUUCAGCACUCUAUUUCGGACGUAGCGCCGGACUUGGGCAUAUACGAUAGCCCGUAGCUGCCCAGCAGCGUUCACAGUCGAAUCGUUGCCAAUCACGUCGAAGCGACUGCACUGCUCUAGCCAGCCACUGUGGGCUCCUUUGGCAUCCUUACAUCCUCACUUCAGGACCAUCGGCCUCCAGCUUUGAUAAAGCCAGCCUCCAGCUACGCCGUAACUCAACGUCUGGACCCGACUCUUCCGUGUACAACCACUGCAAUCAAGCUGUCGAUCUCGAGUCAUGCCCGGAUCUUCGAAUGACCUCGCUUCUCUGAUUGAGGACGCCGAUCACGACAAGCCCGCAGUCCUAGCACUCUCUGAGGAGGCACUCAAUGAGGCAUUUAGACCGGGAUACAAACCCCUCUGUCAUGUCGAAGUGUGCAAACUCGCCGACAUCGCGCGUUCGGCACUGCGGCUACCCCCCUCCGUCCCCCCAACUGAGGUCCGUAUCCUCAAUGCUGGUUCCUUCGACAAGGUGUUCAUCAUCCGUUUCAACUCAAUCGCUACAGUCGCACGGGUUCCAUUUGACGUACCGGCUGCGAGGGACCCCAUCCGACUCAGGUCGCAGAUCGCGACGUUGGACUUCUUGAAGACUCACAAGCCGACUAUACCACUACCCAGAGUGCUAACUGCUGUUGCCGAUAGCGAUGACCCGUUGCGCGCACCGUACGUCGUCUCGGAAUUUUGCCGAGGAACGCCUCUCACGAUUCAAGAGUGGUACGUGGAUAUGUCGGAUGCGAGUCGCGACGCCGCGAUUGAGCUCCUCGCUGACAACUGGGUCAAGAUCGUGACGCCAAUCUCGUUCCAGUCAAUGGGAAGCAUUGUCCGCGACCCUGCGCGACCGUCCGGCUUCCGGGUCAUGCCCAUGAUCUCGCAGUUCCCGGGGCAGGCAACCCCGUUGCUCGAUCCGUCUGUGGCAAUGCUCGACGGACACAAGAGCCUCGGUGAUUACUGGACCCUCACGAUGGAAGGGCAUCGCCGUCAGAUAGUCGACUUCUGGCCCGACAACGACCACUCUGUCGUUGUUCUGGAUCUCCGUUAUGAGAAGUACACUCUAGGGCAUCUUUGGCAGUGCUACGAGGCCAUCCUGGAACUUGUGCACAUCGCCGCGUCUCUAGAUCCGCUGGCUGACGCGCCAGCAAUGGCACUCAUGCACGCAGAUUAUUUCUUCUGGAAGAACAUACUCUUCUCUGCGGAUCGUACACGCAUAGAAGGCAUCAUCGAUUAGGACGAUGCUGUCGUCGUUCCCCGAGAUCUUGUCGCCGUAUACCCCUACGAGUUGACGGAUCAGGCUGGCGUAUGGCGCACUGAUCCGCCAGACGUAUUUGCUAUCCCGCCGGGUACACUGUUCGAAGAUGAGGGCCUGUGGGAAACCGCGGUCCAGGAAACACAGCAGAGGAGGACGUUCAGGGAAGUUGUGCGGGAGCAGGAUCCUCAGCUGGCGGAGCUAUACACAGAUUGUCGGGCGAGGUUUAGGAGGCGAGUACAUCUUCUGGUCAGUCAAAGAUUGGGUGAGUGGCUGUACAUCAAAGACUGGGUGUUGGGUGAGGG